AUGGUGGAUACCAAGGUAUCGGCGGAUGCAGGGUCUCAAGGCGAAAAAGGCGGGGGAAAGGGAAGCGGCGAGAAGGCCUUGAGUGAGAAAGCGCAGGCACGGAAGCGGGCGAAGCUGGAGAGGCUAAAGAAGAAACUGGCGCAAAAGAAAGCAGCCAAGCGUGGACCUGGCAGCGAAGAGGCAGGCGAGGCGGCAGGGGGGCCAACGGCCGUAGGGAAUGGGCGUGGGGGCGAGGAGAGGGAAGGGAAGCGGAGGCGCAUGGUGAAGCACCCCAUGCGAGUGGCGGGGCAGCGGCCAGGCGAGCAGUGCUUCUCGUGUGGCGCCGCAAACCACGCCGCCAAGGAUUGCCCGAAACGAAAGGAGUGCAAAGUGUCCAAGGUGUGUCUCUUCUGCCGGCAGUGGGGCCAUGUGGUCAGCGAGUGCCCGCGAGCUGCCUCGGCGUCCGCGCCCGCUGUGCUGCAGCCGCCAGGCGCCUCUGGCGAGCAGGGGACGGGGGAAGCAGCAUUCGAGGGAGAAGGGCGUGAGCAAGACGACAAGAGUGCGGGCGGCACAGAGGGGCUGGGAGUGGGGGUCUGCUACAACUGUGGCUCCACGCGCCAUCGCCUGCACAACUGCCCUUUGCCGCGAGCCAACGACCCACUGCAUGGUGUUGCAACCAUGCUGGAUGUCACAUUGCAACCGGGGCGCUGCAUUAAGGUUCGUGUCUUCUCUUGCACAUGGUUCACUGCUGUGUGCUUCUGCCCCUGCUGUGUGCUUCUGCCCCUGCUGUGUGCUUCUGCCCCUGCUGUGUGCUUCUGCCCCUGCUGUGUGCUUCUGCCCCUGCUCUGUGCUUCUGCCCCUGCUCUGUGCUUCUGCCCCUGUUGUGUGCUUCUGCCCCUGCUGUGUGCUUCUGCCCCUGCUGUGUGCUUCUGCCCCUGCUGUGUGCUUCUGCCCCUGCUGUGUGCUUCUGCCCCUGCUGUGUGCUUCUGCCCCUGCUCUGUGCUUCUGCCCCUGCUGUGUGCUUCUGCCCCUGCUCUGUGCUUCUGCCCCUGCUGUGUGCUUCUGCCCCUGCUGUGUGCUUCUGCCCCUGCUCUGUGCUUCUGCCCCUGCUGUGUGCUUGGAGUGCGUGCAGGGCGCCACAUCUUUCCUGGAGGAGAUGACUUGGGGGACGACUUUGGGGACGCUGUUUUGCAGCCACUGCAGGCGAAGCGGGGGGAUCAGCAGAAUGGGGAAGGUGGUGCUUUAGAUGAUUUUGAAGAAGCUCAAGGUAGCGAUGAUGAGUUGCUUAUGGGGAACGAGACCGCCGGUCGCUCACUUCCCCCCUUUCUCCCUCCCAUUUCCCCGGAUGUGCCCCCUCAUUCCCACCCCCUCCCCUUUCCCCCUCUUGUUCCCCCCCCAUUCACCUGCUCAUUUCCUCCCCUUCUGCCUCCUAUUGCCCCAUUCGCUGCCUCUCAUUUUCGCCCCUUCUCCCUCUCAUUCACCCCCCCCUUCUCCCUCUCGUUUCCCCCCCUUCUCCCUCGCAUUCACCCCCCCUUCUCCCUCUCGUUUCCCCCCCUUCUCCCUCUCGUUUCCCCCCCUUCUCCCUCUCAUUCACCCCCCCUUCUCCCUCUCGUUUCCCCCUUCCCCCUCUCGUCUACCCCCCUCCCCCCUCUCAUGUCCCCACUUUCUCCUUCUCAUUUUUCCCCAUUCUCCGUCUCAUCCCCCCCCACCUUCUCAAGCUCACCUACCCCCUUUCUCCCUCUUAGCUCCUCUCUUCCUACGCCCUGCUUCCCCCUUUACUCUCUCGUCCCUACACCCUUCAUUCCCCUCUCCGCUCUCUACCUUAUACCCUUCUACCUCCUUUGCCCUCUCUAUCUUACACCCCUCUUGAUCUAUUCUCCACUCUGCCUUACUCCCUUCUUCCACCUUUCCCCUCUCUACUCCACACCCUUCUUCUCCCACCAUGCGUUCUCCCCCUUAUAUCCUGCUAAGCCCCAUUUCCCUCUCUUCCCUACACCCUGCUUCCCCCUCUCUCUUCUCUGCCUUACGCCCUGCUUUCCCCUUUCCCCUAUCUUCCCUACACCCUUCUUCCCUCUUUCUACCCGCGCUGCUUCCCUUUUUCCCUAUCUCCCUUUCCCUCUUUCACCCUGCUUCUUCCGUACCCCCUUCUGCCCCCACCUUGCGUCCUCUCUUUUUACGCCCUGCUUCCCCCUGUCCCCUCUCUGCCUUACGCCCUUUUUCCCCCUCUCUCCACUCUGCUUUACCCCCCGCUUCCCCGGUACCCCUAACCCGCCUCCCCGUUUCCCCUUCCCGCCUCCCCAUUACCCCUUCCCACCUCCUCGUUUCCCCUUCCCACUCCCCAUUACCCCUUCUCGCUUCCCCCUAUCCCUUCGCGCCUCCCCGUUUCCCCUUCCCGCCUCCCCAAUUCCCCUUCCCGCUUCCCCAUUACCCCUUCCCACCUCCCCGUUUCCCUUUCCCUCCUCCCCAGUUCUCCUUCCCGCCUCCCCAUUUCCUCUUCCCUCCAUGCCCUCGUAA